GUAAGGUUAUGUUGCACCUGACAGAAAAACAGUUGAUUAAGAUGUGGCUGUCAGUGUUAUGAUUUUUAUUGUUUACAAUAGUUAUAAAUUAAUCAGUUUUAUUUCAAUUUACUCGAGCUGAUAUUCAUCUCGCUUCUUGAUGCAGUCGCCGGCUGAAAAGAACAAAACCCAAGCUCCUCCAAAUGCAGAGGGUAGCAAUGGUGAGCUAACAAAAGAGCAGCUUCUUGUCAAGUGUAAAAACUUGCUUUCUAUCGCACAGAAGGCCAAAACUUCUAAAGAUGAGGCACAAGCAGAAAAUAAUAAUUUAAGGGCAGAAUUGGAUCGAAUUAAUGGCUUGCUUUCAUCUACCACCAAGCAAUACAAGACUGCUGAAGAGAUGCUUGCUGCCCUUACAGACCAGAAGCUCAAACUGGCAAUGGAGAUUGAUGAUAUGAAGAAGGAAAGAAUGAAAACAGCAGGGGAAGUUAAAGUUCUAUAUUCUGUCAAACAAAAAUGUGAAGCUGAAAUGGAAAACUAUAAGCAACAACUUCAAAAAGUCUCAAAAGAAAAUAAUGAACUAUUGCUUGCUCUAGAGAGUCAACAAAAAUCUGAAGCUCAGAUGCAAGAAGACAUAAGAAAGCUUCAUGAAAACCAUGAAAAAAUGGUUCAUUAUUGUUCUGAAGGGAAAGUAGAAAAGCAGUGUUUGGAAAAAGCUCUCGAAGAGACUACAAACAGAUUAAAGAAAAUAGAAGAAAAACACAGCAAUUUUUUCAAAACGUAUUCGCAAAAGUUUAACACAGAUGUCGAUGACUUUGAUUCUCUUAUGGACUCGCUAAGUAAUUUUUCAAUGUCUAAAAGUUCUGAAGACUUGAACAAUAUGGAAUCAGAGAAAGUUGCAAAACUUAUAGCUGAGCUUAACAGUACUAAAGCUGAUCACGACAAGAUAGUUCGGAACCUCGAAGAGGUCAGGAUAGAAACAAGACAAUUAAUAGACAACUCCGAACAACUUAAUAAAGAAAUCGAAAAACUAAAAUUGGAGAAAGAUAAAGCAGAGAUUGAAUUUAAUUCUGUUGUUGGUAAUUUGAAGAGUGAAAUUGAGACAACUAUGCAAAAGUUGAAAUUAUCACAACAGGAAAACAACAAUCUCAAGGCCAAUAUUCAAUUGUAUGAGGAGAAACUACAAGACCAUACAUUAAUGGAAUCUUAUGAGGAUCAAAAAGAAAACUACAGGAAAUGUAACGAAGAGCUUACAAAGGCAAGGCAAGAUCUAGAAACUUUAAACAAAGAAUUCAGUGAUAUUGUAAAGACAAAUGCCAACCUGCAAUGUACUAAUGAAAAAGUGAUCAAUCUCAUUAAAACAAUUAAUGAUUUCACUAAAGUCAGCUUUGAUACAUUUAUGGAAUUCAUAAAUAACAAGAAGUUAUGUGCAAACACAGCUGAGCAAUUUAUAAGUCAGAUUGAUACAAAGUUUCCAGAUGAAGCUUUUGAUCGAGUAGAAGGUGUUAAUGCCAAUUUUAAGGCUGAAUUUAUCGAACUAAUUUUGGCAAUGUUUAAUAUUGUUCUUUCUAAAGAAGAUGAGAGUCAAAAACUUGUUCUUCAGUUAAAUUCUCUUAAAGAAUCUUUGCAAGAAACAUCAAUCAGAGAACAGGACAAUGCUAAACUGUUGGAGCAAUGUAAAAAGUUGAAGGAAGAAUCGAUAAAGCUUGAAGGUGAAAAAGACAGACUGGAGGGAGCGCUACGUGUUCUAGAUGAUAAAUGUAAUGGGUGUGAAAAUGAACUAUUCAGUGCUAAUGAAAAAGUCAUUAAAACCCAAGAAGAGUUGGCUAUAUUAAAAUCAGAAUGUAGUCAAAACAUGAUGUUGAUCAAGGAACAAGAAGGCCAUCUUGAGAAAUUUAAAUUGGCUCUAGAAGCAGCCAAUAACAAGUGUAAGCAUUAUGAAAAUCAACUAGAACAGCACAAAAAAGAAAUGGAAACAUUUGAUAAUUUGAAGAAAGAAUAUGAGAAAGAACUGUCUGAUUUUAAAGUCAAGAAUAAAAAAUAUGAAGAAGAUGCCCAAAAUGCACAAAAAACUCAAGAGAAUUUAUUAUCUCAAUUAAAUUCCCUCCAGGAGAAAAAUAAUUGUUUUCAAAAUCACAUCGUCAACUGUGAAAGUGCCAAUAAUGAGUUGACGAGUAAAAUCAAUAUUCUGAAAGAAGAGAAUAAAGCUAAAAAUACUGAGAUAAAUGAUCAGAAGGGACGGUUGGUAGAGUUUGAGGUGGAAUGUAAAAAUUAUCAAUCCCAAGUGGCAGAAUUGAAAAGUGUCAAAGAAAUGUUAAAUUCUCAGUUAAACGAUUUGGAAAACAGGUGCACGGCACGAGAUAAAGAAAUUGAAAAAUUCAAGGAAGCCAGCGAAAAACUUCAGAAGCAAGUAAACAUUUUGCAAAAAACAAUAGAGGAAAAUGAAAAUAAGUAUAAAAAUGAAAAAGAAAAGCUAUCAGUACAAUUAACAGAAGUAAAGGCUAAAUACGAAGAGCUUGAAAAGCUAAAUUCAUACGAAAAGAAUGGAAUGGAGGAGCUAAAAGUUGAAUUAAAUGAUAUGAAGUUAAAAUGUCAGACUUAUGAAAAUAAAUAUCUCACUUUUGAGAAAGAAAAACAAGAACUCGUAUCUUUGCAUGUAAGUGAAAAAAAUUCUAUAACUUCCAAUUAUUCCAAUUUGAAACAAAAGUGUCAUGAUUUAGAAAUGACAUUAGCUCAACUGGAACAAGACAAAGCAUGUUCAAUUGCCGAACUUAAAGAAUUGCAAAUAAAAUGUAAGUCUUACGAAGAAGAAUUAGUGCUCAGCAAUAACGAGCACAGCAAAUUAAGUGCAGAUUUAAAAGACUUAAGCGAGAAUUCUAAAGAGUUCAGUGCUCAGAUUGUAUUGAAAGAAAACGAGAUUGAAAAGCUGAGCAACCAGCUGGCAGAAGCCAGAGGAAUUUGUGAAGAAUUCCAAAAUACAAUCGAAAUGGUGAACCAAGAGAAAUUAAAAUUAGUGGCUGAGCUUGAAUCAGUAAAAAAUGAUUAUGAAAAAAUUAAAGCUGAAGUCGCUCAGUAUCAAAAAGAAAAUGCAAAUUUAAAUAAAUACACCGAACUUCUAAAACAAAAAGAUAUUCAACUUGAGGAGUGCACGAUGAAUUCAGAAGAUAUUAAAACAAAAUUGGAGAAGAGUAGAAUUUUUCAAGAAGAGCUAAUGUCCAAAAUGAUGAAUUGUAAGUGUGAAGUAGAAUCUGCUUACAAUCAACUAUCUCUGGUAGAACAGCAAGCCAAUGUUAUGAACAACGAAUUAAUCAAGAAGGUAGAAACUGAGACAAAACUGAUGGAAGAAAACCAAAACUUAAUUCAAACCUUGAACAAAAAAGAACAACACUUAAAUGAUUUAAACAGUAAGCUGCAGGUCCAGGCUGACAAGGAAAUGAAUGAUGUUCAAGAUCAUCAACAGGACAUCAGCAACCUUGAAAUUACUAUUUCUUCAUUAACAGAAAAAUGCCAAGAAUAUGAAGAGCUUAACAAAGAAUUGAACCAGCAGGUAUCGGCUAUGACAUCGCAUAUAGAACAGAUCUCUUUAGAGCACAAAGCAACACUUUCAAUUAAGAAAAAUGAACUGAACAAACUCAGAGAAGAGAUAAACGAGUGCAAGGAAUUACUCAAUUUUAAAACAUUGGAACUUGAUGAAAUAAACAAAAUUUGGGCUGGAAGGCUCAAGACUAUCAAAGUUGGACUCAGGGGAGUACAGAAAAACGCAAAAGAAAUGGCAAACAUGUCUUAUACGUUGCAGCAGACAUUUUCUGAUAGACUUUCUUCGCUACAAUCAGAAAUUAAAGAAAAAGUUAAGAAAGUUUUACAAAAUGAAGCUGCCAACACAAAACAUGAGCUUCUAGAUGAAAUGCAAUGUAUGAAUGAGGCUUUGAAAGAGCGAGGUGAGGUGAUUUCACACCUGCAAGAGGCCCUUAAGGAAGAAGGGAUGAAACAUGAAGAGCUUAGAAAAGAGUGCAUCAGUCUUCGGGGUCAGAUAAAGGAAAAGGAAUCACUUGUGGAAGGUAAAGAACACCAGAUUAAAGAAUUAGAGGGAGAGCUAUUGAAAGCCAAGGAAAUGAAGGAGCCUACUGCAGAUGUUGAUGUAUUAAGUACAAGUACAAUCAGCAAGACUGAGGACACUAUUCGAUUAAGGGACUUGGAAGAAAGUUUUGAAGAGAAAUAUGUAAAACUAAAAAUGGUUGCUCUCAAAUUAAAAAAACGCCUGCUGGAAACAAACCAGCAGCUGGAAUCUGAAAGGGUGAAAUUUAAUUCUGAAAAAUCGGAAUUGUUAGAAAAAAUCCAACAUUUAUCUACAGCGGCAAAAAAUGUUCAAAAAGUACAAGAAUCCUUUGACUUAGCUCUUGAUGAACUUGAGGUGUUGAAAAAGGAGAAGACCAAUUUGACAAAUUCUUUAACAGAAGUUUUAAAGAAUGAAGAGGCUCUUAAAACUCAGGUUAGCACAUUGGAAACUUCAAAUCAGCAUCUGCCAAUUAUGAAAAAACAAAUUGAUAGCCUCAACGUUGCUCUAAAAGAAGCCAAAAAUGAAGCACAGAGGAUCGAGAUGGAAAAGAAAGUUGAAGUAAUGAAAUACGAAGAAUUAAAAAAACAAGUUCAACAACAGGAAAGCAAAGUGCAGGAACUCACGGCCUCACUCGAACAAGCAGUCCGACAAGGGAAAAGUAACAACGUGUUGGAGUUGGAAAUUAAAAAUUAUGAAAAGCUAUGUGCAGACAUGACAUCACAAUUAAAUUCAGAAAAAGUAAAAUUUUCAAAUUUGGCUGAAGAGAAUUCCUCACUUAUAAGCACCAAGAAAAGUUUACAGGAACAGAUUCAAAUGCUUGAAAAUCAAAUAAAAUCAGGAGAGGAGAUAAUAGAAAAUAUGAAGAAACAAUUGGCGUCUUCAAAGGAGAAAAACGUUAACAUAAAUUCUGACAUGGAAAGUCUGCAGGCACAGGUUGCCGAUUUAAAACGAGAGUUAAAUACUGCUAAAAACAACAGCGAACAAACAACUCUAGAAAUGUCCAACAUCACUGCAGAAUAUGCGAGGAAGGAGUUAGACAUGCAGAAUAAAAUUGUUUCACUAAGGGCCCACGUGCAAAGCCUUGAAACAAAUUUGGCCUCUACUAAGCAAGAAUUAGGAACUGCUAAAUUAGAGAUCGAGCAUUUAAGGGAAGAGUUUGACAGCUACAGAAUACGAGCUCAGAGCACACUCGCCAAACAGAAAGGCGAUUCUGUUUCUCAAGGGGAGAAAGAAGCGAGAGAACUAAUCGAUAAACUGAAAACCGAACUCGACGCCAUUCGUGAAAAGCUUGAAACCACUUUGUUAGAAGUAGAUUCACAGAACAACAGGAUUUCAUCGCUCCAAUCAGAAAAAAAUAAAAGCGAGAAAAAGUAUGAUGAUGUAACGAAAGUUUUGCAUCAGAAGAUAACUGACUAUGACACUUUAAUGACAGAAUACAAAGCUUUUAAACUGUCGACAGAUACUGUCUUACACAAUCUCAAGUCACAAUAUGAAUCCAAACAAGAAAUGAUCCUGAAAGAAAAUGCUCAAUUGAAGGAAACAGUGAGCCAUUUAAAGUUUGAAUUAAAUGAAAAAGAAUUCUUAGAGUCUAAAACUGCACAUGAUUUUAACAUCCAGCCCUAUGAAGAAGCAGUACUUCAGGAAAGGGAAGAUGCCGAGGGUUCUGAAAGUGUUCCUACUUCAGUCGUCCGUAGGCUUAGCAAUGUUGUACCUUUGGACGUUCUUUUGAACAACCCGAUCGAUGAUGAAAACCGAGUGCCAGUACUUCAAGAACAGUUGGUCAAACUUAGAAAUGAACUCGGGACGUACGAGGUUAGGACCAGGCAUCUAUCAGCUUUGUUGAGCGAGGCCGAAAAAGAUGCUGCAAGAAAUUCUCACCAAAAUUUGAUAUUGAAGGAGGAAGUUAGAAGGUUGGAGAGGAGCUUAGAAAGACAACCCCAUAUCGCUAAUACAGAAUAUUUAAAAAAUGUUGUAUUCAAGUUUCUCACACUGCAAGGAGGCGAUGAAAAAUGGAGGCUGAUCCCAGUUCUUGAUACAAUAUUAAAGCUGAGCCCAGAGGAACAUCACAAACUUGAAGCCAUUGCUAAAGGAGAAGGGAGUUCCAGUUGGGGCCAAUAUCUUCAGUCCUGGACCGGUCUUUAAUUUGAGGUAGAAUGAUAAAAGCUUCUGAAAACCUUUACCAUUCCAACAAUUACCUAAUUGUGUAAAUAAGGGUAAAUAUUGUAUGUACAAAAGAUGUAAGUUUAUGCUGUAAGUUUAUUUACUACAGGAGACUCCAAUUUAUUGCAUUCAAAAGUCUUGCUUACAGGGAGAAAAAUGUCAAAACAUUUUUAAAAAGAGUAAAUUGUAUAUUUAUAACACUGUAUAUAAAAUUAUUUAGG